AUUUUUAGUAGAUAUUGUUUUUUUUCCGGGCGAAAAAGGCUUAAAAAUGGAUGAUUUUUUGGCAAAAGUCUCUAUUGCAGCGGCAACCUUUGCAAUACGUAGCGGAGUAAGUAUUGCAGGUGGUAUUGCGCUUCGCCAGGUUUCUAGGUACAUUAAGGACAUGCCAUCUCAGUCCCAGCGUCAGAUGUUAGAUUCAUUAAAAAAGCAGCUUGAACAAAAGAUACGGAUUGUUACGCCGGCGAUUGAUUUGAUAGAGAUUAUAUCAGCUAGAGGAAAUACAAGUCUUGGGAGUACGGUUCAUCUAACGAACUCACUUCGUAGAGAUAUAAAUGCAUUUGCAAAACGUGUGAGUGAUGCGGCAGAUGAGCAAGAAAUCUCAAAACAUAUUAAUAAGAAUAAUAUGGGAGUUAUUAUGGCAGAUAUGAAAAACCUUUUAUCAAGGAUUGAGGAUGCGGUUCCUCUUAUAUCUCUUGCGUUGACAACAUCAGGAGCAAAUAUAUCAUCAUCAUUGCCAAAUACAGUUUCACCAUCUCGACUGUUACAGGCAUCAUCAUUCCUUAUAUCAGCAGAUUCAUUAUUUUGUAAGACGCCGACACUUAAGUUUCAACAGGUUGGACCUGUUUUUGUAUUGAAACUUUAUACAAUAUUCUCAGGAAGUGCUAGAAUAGCACAUAUGAUCUCAACAAGUGAUAUAACAUGGAAAGAGGAGCAUGCUAAAUGUUUAGUAUCAAUUAUUAGGGUAGAUUUAAAUGAUUCAAUGGAAUCAAAGGGAGAUCUGGCUCGUAAGAGGGUAAAUGAAUAUGCAUAUGAAUUACAAGUGAUUGAAGACUUAAAUGAUGGAAGAUAUCAUGAGGAAAUAGAGAAAAAAAGUAUGAAAAAAAGCAAGAAUGGGCACAUACAUGGUUCUAGAAGGAAUAUACCGAUUCAUUUGAUUUCAAGGCUUUUUUUUAGUGCAUCAGGAAGACUUCUUAAUAUUGAAGAAGCAAAAACACCUGUUCUUGUUCUAAAACUCAACCAUGCACUCUCACCUCCAAGAAAAUUAUUAGAAUCAAUUAGGGAUGAUGAUACAGAAGAUUCUGAAACUCAAGAAAAUGUUGAUGAAGAAUCAUUUUAUGAUAAAAUUAAUGAUCCAGAAAAUAUAGAAUGGAUUGCAUUUGAAAUUUGGAAUGAUGAUAUGGAUGAUGAAGAGGAAAGUCAAGAUAAUACAAGCAGUAAUACAAGUGAUGUCAGUGAAAGCUCAAGUGAUAAUGAUAAUUGUGAUAAUAUAUAUGAAAAUGUAAAUAAUGGAGACAAUUGCAAUAAUGAUAAGGGAUAUUUAAAGAAUAUGUCAUCUUCUGAUAAUCAGAAAGCAUCUAAAGAAAUUACGAAUGAUGGAAAUAAGGUUUUAAAGUCAGAAAAGCAAGUAGAUGAAUUUUCAGCAGCAUUGAAAGCAUUAGACAUUAAUGUUGAAACUACAGAUGAAAUUUUAGAGCUACAAAAAGGCUCCAAUACCAAUUUAGAAACAUUGUCACUUCUUGAAUAUAUCAUUAGAUUGACGGCAUUGCAAACAUCUGAACAAACAUCUUUACUUUCUGUUACUGAUGAAAGAAUAUCCUUAUUUUUGAGAGAUGAUAGUCAUAAUUCUCGAACAAGAGAACGAACAGGAGCUUUAGAAUAUGGAGAGACACCUCGCAGUUCACCUUCAUCAAUAAAACUUGAGAAAGAUAGUAUAAAAUCUCAAGAAAAUCGUAGAAUUAGAAAAGAUUUACUUCUUAACAGUCGCAAUUCCCCAAGAAGUCCUCUUUCAUUAGGCUAGACUUAAGAACUAUAAUGCUUAAGAUGUUUUAAACAAAUCAGAGC